UUUACGCGCGCCCCCAGUUUACGCCCGACUUCGAAUAAUCCGAUUCUGAAUUUAUAUCCGGCGACGGCGGCGGCAUUUUUUUUGUCCGUUAAGUUUUUGCUAAAAUGGGGCUGAUCCCAACGUUCGUCGUGCUGCUGACGAUCGGUUUAGUUUUAUCCGAUCCCGCGAUCUACACAAUCGGUGAUGGUGCGGGACUUGUCGAUGCAGGUUAUGGUUUGGGAGUCGGUGAGGAUACGGAAACUUCGACUUUCGCUUCGACCUCAAUAACGAGCACUGGUUCUACGGCGUCGAUCUCCACUUCCAUACCAACGACAACAUCGUCUACAACAACAUCGCCCACAACGACAACGAUAUCUAGUACAACUACAACAUCGCCCACAACAACAACGAUAUCGCCUACAACGACGACAUCGUCUACAACAACAUCGCCUACACCGACAACGAUAUCGCCCACAACUACAACAUCGCCCACAACGACAACGAUAUCGCCUACAACGACAACGUCUCCUACAUCACCUACAACAACAACAACAUCUACAUCGACAACAUCGACUUCAACGACAACAUCGGCUACAACAACAUCGCCUACAACGACAACGUCUCCUACAACGACGACAUCGUCUACAACAACAUCGCCUACAACGACAACGAUAUCGCCCACAAGUACAACAUCGCCCACAACGACAACGAUAUCGCCUACAACGACAACGUCUCCUACAACAACAACAUUACGUACAACGACAACAUCGGAUACAACAACAUCACCUGCAACAACAACAACAACAACAUCUACAUCGACGACAUCGACUUCAACGACAACAUCGGCUACAACGACAACGACACCAUCGUCUACGACAACGUCGCCUAUAACGACAACAUCGUCUUCAACUACAACAUCACCUAGAACAACAACAUUCCCUACAACUACAACGACAUCUACUAUUACAACGACAACAUCAGCCGCAACUACAACGACAUCAGCUGCAAAUACAAUGACAUCACGUACAAUAACAACAUCGGUUACAACACCAUUGCCUACAACUACAACAACACUGUCGCCUGCCACUACAACGUCGUCUAAAACUACAACAAUAACGACGGAAACGACCGAUGCGACAGAGGAUCCGGGUGAUAGUUCGGCAACAGAUUUGGCAGUUUCGUUCGUCUCGGUAACGGCGUGUUACUUUUUGUCGCGAAUUUUCUGAGUUAAGGGUUCGCUUAUUUAUAUGAUUUUUUUU